AAGAAAGGCAACAGAAAAACUAGUUUCUAUUUACACAGUACAGAAUCAAAGAUUAUAAAUUUCUUUAAUAAUGAGAGAAUCAUAUCAAGUAGCACUUCCUUAACAUAAACAACUCGCCGGUCUCGAACCAGCAUCAACGGCGAUUCCUCUCGAAACAUCCUUCUUCGCUGCAGUAGAUUGCACGAUUUCUUGAGCCUCCGGUCGCCGUGUUCUCUUUGAACCUGUAUUGUAGAUCAAAGAAGAAUCCAAACCAGAGACAGUGGUGGUGAAAAGCAAUGAGGAUCCAAAUGGCGGAUCCGAUUCUGGAUCUACAGGAAUCGGGCUGGGAGGAACUGAGGCGUGAAGCUCGCAAGAUCGAAGGCGAUCUCGAUGUCAAACUCUCUUCUUAUGCUAAGCUUGGCACUAGGUUCAAUCAAGGAGGUUUUGUAGAUGCUGGAUCACCUACUCUUGGAUCCAGUCGGUCAUGGAAGUCCAUGGAAAUGGAAAUCCAAUCUCUGCUUGAGAAGCUAUUGGAUACGAAUGAUGCUUUGAGUAGGUGUGCCGCAUCUGCAGCACAAACUACUUCGGUAACGCAGAAGCUGGCAAGGCAUAGAGACAUACUGCACGAGUUUACUCAGGAGUUUAGACGGAUCAAAGGAAAUAUAAAUUCAAUGAGGGAACAUGCAGAGCUUCUGAGUUCUGUCAGGGAUGAUAUCAGUGAAUAUAAGGCAUCUGGGAGUAUGUCUCCAAAAAAGCAGUUACUACGAGAACGAGCUGCCAUCCAUGGAAGUAUAGCUCAUAUUGAUGAUGUGAUUAAUCAAGCUCAAACAACUAGAGCAGUCUUGGGCUCUCAAAGGGCGUUGUUUGGAGAUGUUCAGGGAAAAGUAAAGCUUCUAAGUGACAAGUUCCCUAUAAUCCGUGGCUUACUUGGUUCCAUUAGAAGAAGGCGUUCACGAGACACUCUUAUUCUGUCUGCGGUAAUUGCUGCAUGUACGUUGUUUCUCAUCAUCUAUUGGCUCUCAAAAUAACAAAAGCAGAGAUGUCUGAUAUAUAUACAUGUUUAAAAUGGCUGUGUUUUGCUAAUUGAAUUUUUGCUUCUGUAAUUUAAUAAAACAAAAUCAAUUUCUUUAAUUUGUAGUGAAAGCUUGAGGUACCUUUUCAUAAUGUCAUUAUCCAAAGUAUAGUGCUGUUUCAUAUGCAUUCCCUUCCAAACAGACAACUAGAUCUAGGUAUCUCUGUUACAUUGACUUUUUAAAUCGUUGAAGAUUCAGAUGCCAUCAGUCUCAACGGUGGUUCCUUGGCACACAUGCAUCAAAGGGUCAAUUUUCGCUUCCCACAGGCAGUAUUUGUGGCAGUGCUCAGCGAAAACAAACAAGAGACAGAUCUUUUAGCCUUCGGUGGCAAACGUUCUCCAAGGCAACAGCUUCUGCCGUCCGUCUAUGCGUAGGUGGUUGCCUGGUUGGGUUAUAUUAGUACGUACUUGGAGUUAGGCAGCAUAUACGCUCACUCUAGCUACCUACAAAACCCCAGCCCUAACCCUCUAUAAAAUGUCGUCUUUUUUGGACUUCCCGAGUCUACCCCACCACCAUAAACAGCGAUGUAAUGCAUCCUCAGGCUUUUACAGCACCUGCCAUAUUCUAGCACUCUGCGCUGUGUCUCUAUAUUUCCACCUUCCUCCUUUUUUUUUCUUUUUUCUUUUUUUUAAUUUAAACAGCAAAAACGUUGAGUAUUUUUGGAGAAUGAAAAAGGAUUCAAACACCAGUCCGAUAAAAACUUUUUCGUUGGGAGUUAUUAUUUGUCUUCAUCAAGGUAUAUCUCUCUCAAAUCAAGAAGCAUUAGAUUGAUAAAAUCGAUCGAUCAGUCAAUCUUAUCUGUCAAUCAAUCAAAUCACCACACAACAGGUAUCAUCAUGUCGUCCUCAUCUUCUGCUUUUACACCGGACCACCUCUCCCCCUCCGAUCAGCUCUGUUACGUCCAUUGCAACUUUUGCGACACUGUACUCGCGGUCAGCGUUCCUUACAGUAGCUUGUUGAAGACCGUCACCGUCCGAUGCGGCCACUGCACCAACCUCCUCUCCGUCAACA